AGACCAUGGGCUUUCCAGGUCAAACAACAUCCUGAACCCCUAAUCCAAACCAAUAUCCUAGCCAGAUUCCUUAUCCUUAAGUUAUGCCUGGGAAUCCAUCUAAAUGAAAAAUCUGUGUUAAGGGUGCAUUCAAGCUAAGAACAACAUUCGACCACAGACACACAAUUCCAACGGCCAAAAUUGAGUUUGUCAUCUUUUCCUUUCACUUUUACAGCUUACAGGUACUCUCUCUUCAUUCAUUUCUUUCUAUCUUCCCCCCUUCAGUUUGUUGUAGCAAAUGAUCUUUCUUGAACACUGAGCAUCAGGAAAGAAAAAAAACCAUAAUUUAUCAAUGACAAUACUGUUUUCAACUGAGUUAAUUCCUCGUAGUCUACCCUUUUCUUCACAGCAACUAAAGCCAUCUUCAAAUUCACUUUCACCUCAUAGUUCUUUGGUGAGUUGCUUAAACCUUGAGACUAAAGAUGGAAGUAGUAAGUCUAGAAACAAGCAAAAUGUCAGGGUUUCAGCUGAAACAAGACCAACCCAUCUCAUGUCUUUUGAUUUUAAGGAGAAUCAUCUUGUGAAAUUACUCGAUAGGUCUUGCAAGGCAGGCGAGUAUAAUGAAGCAUUUUACUUUCUUGAGUGCAUGAUUGGUAAAGGUUACAAGCCUGAUGUUGUUCUUUGUACAAAGAUGAUUCAAGGGUUUUUCAAUGGAAGGAAUGUUGAGAAAGCUGUGAGGGUGAUGGAAAUUUUGGAAAAGUAUGGGGAACCUGAUGCUUUUGCUUAUAAUUCAUUGAUUAGUGGGUUUUGUAAGAUGAACCGGCUUGAUUCCGCUAAUAAAGUGCUUGAUAGGAUGAGAAGUAGAGGGUUUUCACCUGAUGUUGUCACAUAUAAUAUAAUGAUUGGCGAUUUGUGUAGGAGAGGAAAACUUGAUUCAGCUUAUAUGGUUUUGAAUCGGUUGUUGAAAGAUAAUUGUAAGCCGUCUGUUAUCACCUACACAAUUUUGAUAGAGGCAACCAUACGUCAUGGUGGCAUUGCUGAAGCUAUGGAACUUUUGGAUGAAAUGUUAGCAAAAGGACUUCGACCAGAUAUGAUCACUUACAAUGCAAUUAUUAGAGGAAUGUGCAAAGAUGGGAUGGUGGAUAGAGCUUUUGAGUUGGUUAAGAGCUUAAAGGCGAGGGGCUGUCAGCCUGAUGUUGUUUCUUACAACAAUUUGUUACGAGCACUUUUGAAUCAAGGGAAAUGGGUUGAAGGAGAGAAACUAGUGACAGAGAUGGUUUCAAAAGGUUGUGAACCAAAUGUUGCUACUCAUAGCAUUUUGAUCUGCUUUCUUUGUCGCGAAGGAAAGGUUAAGGACGCUGUAAAUGUAUUAAAGAUGAUGAAAGAAAGGGGUUUGACGCCUGAUUCUUACAGUUAUGAUCCAUUGAUUUCUGCAUUCUGCAAAGAAGGGAGACUAGAUUUGGCGAUUGAGUAUUUGGAUUAUAUGAUCUCCGACGGUUCCCUGCCAGAUAUUGUUAACUACAACACUAUCUUAGCUACUCUGUGUAAGAAUGGAAAGGCUGAUCAGGCUUUAGAAAUCUUUAAGAAGCUUAGUGAGGUGGGAUGUCCUCCAAAUGUGGGUUCUUACAACGCUAUGUUCACUGCACUUUGGAGCACUGGCAAUCAAGUCAAGGCUUUGGAAAUGAUAUUGGAGAUGCUAAGUAAAAGAAUUGGUCCUGAUGAAAUUACUUACAAUUCACUAAUCUCAUGUUUAUGCAGAGAUGGGAUGGUAGAUGAAGCUAUUGAGUUGCUUGUAGACAUGGGAAGUAGUAAGAUUCACCCAACAGUUAUCAGUUACAAUACUCUUCUUCUCGGUCUAUGCAAAGCACACAGAACCGUUGAUGCCAUUGAACUGUUAGCUGCAAUGGUUGAGAAGGGAUGCCAGCCAAAUGAAACCACUUACACAUUAUUGAUUGAAGGGAUUGGUUUUGCCGGAUGGCGUUCUCAAGCUAUGGAGUUGGCCAAUGAUCUUGUCAGAAUGGAGGCCAUUUCUGAAGAUUCAUUCAAACGUUUGAACAGAACUUUUCCAUUGCUUGAUGUUUAUAAAGAGUUUGCUGUUUCUGAUUCUGAUAAGUAAACCCCUUUGACGUUUUUUAGUCACAUGUCCACGACAUAAGCUGUUUAACUAUAAUCUUGUCAUAUCUUGUUUCAUAACUCUUCUAUCAAGUUGUUUAUCCUCUGCGAACUUUUAAGGUGACAAGUUACAAAUGUUUUUCUUAUUAUUUUCCCUUUAUGCUUGUCUUCACCACAUAGUUUUGAAACUUUUACUGAACCUUUCCAAGCCAUCAAACAAGGUCUGUGGCUCAGACCUGGAGAAAAUAUCACUUUCAGCAAGAUUAUUUGAACUAAACAAAUAACAGCCUCGUCUUGUAACAAGUAAAUUUUUUUUAAUUGAGAUUGUCAUGAUUUGAACCUUGAUUACUGAAAUUAAGAAUCCAAUAUCCGAUCAAUAAUCAUAAAUGAUAUUUUCAUAAUUCCAAACUAGGUUAUUGGAAACCUGAGUGCUUAAUACUGCUAUAACUUUAGCUACCAACUUAUAUGCAGCACAAGCCUAAAGAAUAACAUAAAGUAGCAAAUCUGUUGAA